GGGACGGUGUCUCGCUCGCACGACAUCGGGUGCCUGGCGGGGAGAGGGGGCGAAGGAGGGGUGGUGAGGAGGGAUGGCGAGGAGGGAUGGCGAGGAGGGAUGGCGAGGAGGGAUGGCGAGGAGGGAUGAGGACGGCGAAAGAAGUAGACAACAGCAAAUUACGAUAAGAGGAGUGUUUGCUCGGGAGGCUGAACGUGGGUUUGGGGGGGGGGAGUUGGAAAGUGGAUGCCGCCGUUGCUGCAACGCAUCGUGAUCGAGGCAGUCGGAAUCCAUCGCAAGGAUGAGACCAAGCGACCGGAGCGGCUCCUGUAACAUCAACAACAAUCACACACGCACACACAACACACACACAACACACACAACAUGCACACAACAUACACACAACACACACACAACACACACAACACACACAACAUGCACACAACACACACACAACACACACACAACACACACACACAACACACACAACAUGCACACAACACACACACAACACGCACACACAACACACACACAACACACACAACAUGCACACAACAUACACACACAACACACGCACAACAUGCACACAACAUACACACACAACACACACACAACACACGCACAACAUGCACACAACAUACACACACAACACACACACAACACACACAACAUGCACACAACAUACACACACAACACACACACAACACACGCACAACAUGCACACAACACACACAACAUGCACACAACACACACACAACACACACACAACACACACAACAUGCACACAACACACACAACACACACAACACACACACACACAACAUGCACACAACACACACACAGCACACACACACAAUACACACACACAAGACACACACAACACACACAACACACACAACACGCACACAACACACACACCAUGCACACAACACACACACACAACACACACAACACGCACAACAUGCACACAACACGCACACAACACACAAAACACACACAACACGCACACAACACACGCACAACACACACACAACACACACACAACACACACACACAUGCACACAACACACACACAACAUGCACACAACACACACACACAACACACACAACACGCACAACAUGCACACAACACACACACAACACACAAAACACACACAACACGCACACAACACACGCACAACACACACACAACACACACACAACACGCACAACAUGCACACAACACACACACAACACACACAACACGCACAACAUGCACACAACACACACACAACACACAAACACACACAACACGCACACAACACACGCACAACACACACACAACACACACAACACACACACAACACGCACACAGCAUGCACACAACACACACAACAUGCACACAACACACACACAACACACACACAACACACACAACAUGCACACAACACACACAACACACACAACACACACACACAACAUGCACACAACACACACACAGCACACACACACAAUACACACACACAAGACACACACAACACACACAACACACACAACACGCACACAACACACACACCAUGCACACAACACACACACACAAACACACACAACACGCACAACAUGCACACAACACGCACACAACACACAAAACACACACAACACGCACACAACACACGCACAACACACACACAACACACACACAACAUGCACACAACACACACACAACACGCACAACAUGCACACAACACACACACACAACACACACAACACGCACAACAUGCACACAACACACACACAACACACAAAACACACACAACACGCACACAACACACGCACAACACACACACAACACACACACAACACACACACAACAUGCACACAACACACACACAACACGCACAACAUGCACACAACACACACACACACAACACACACAACACGCACAACAUGCACACAACACAAACACAACACACAAAACACACACAACACGCACACAACACACGCACAACACACACACAACACACACACAACACACACACAACACGCACACAACACACACAUAACACACGCACACAACACACACAUAACACACGCACACAACACACACAACACACACACAAAACACAUGCACAGCACGCGCACACAACAUGCACGCAACACACACAACACAACACCCGCAACGCGGUGACAGAAAGUCAGAGAGAGAGAGAGAGAGCGGUGGUGGUGGUGCAGCGCUGCCUGCACGAAAACCAGCACCAGCACGAGUGGCUGACAACGACCACCACCACCACAACCACCACCACCACUACAACCACCACAACCACCACUACAACCACCACAACCACCACCACAACCACCACUACAACCAUCACAACCACCACAACCAUCACUACAACCACCACAACCAUCACUACAACCACUACAACCACCACAACCACUACAACCACCACCAUUACAACCACCACUACAACCACCACAACUACCACCACUACAACCACCGCAACAACCAUCACCACAACCAUCACCACAACCACCACCACAACUACAGCCACCACAAUCAUAACAACCACAAUCACAACCACCAGCAAUCACCACCACAACCACUGCAACAACCACCACCACAAUCACAACAACCACCACAACCACAACCACCACAACCACCAUCACGACAACCACCACUCGACUGCACCCGUGGCAUGAGGGUGUCUUGGUUACACGCUCGUGUGCACAGCCACACGUAACAAAGACAAAGAUCACCCGUGUAGCCUCAACAGCAAUACGCAAAGUCGACUUCUUCACUACACUCAAGUCACAUUCUCUUUACAGUUGUAUAUGUUUAAACAGCUAUAGAUAGCAUGUAUAUUUUAUAUCAUUGUAUAUAAUUUUCUAAUUUUAUAAUGAGUAUUAUUAUUCAUGUGACGACGGCGCUUUGAGUGUCAGAUUUGUGUUCGGGAACAAAAAAAUAAACUUGACUUGAUUUGACGAACAGGGGCAAGUGCUGUUAGCGAGUAGCACCCAUGAAGGCUGGAACGGCACACGAAGGGUUGGGUGGCCACCACCACGCCCGGCCGCCUUUGUCUCCCUAGUGGCGAUGUUUACGCACCGCAUCAGGUACUCAUUUGAGGCUGAGUCGACCUAGGGGAGGCCCAGGUACCGGUCCGGUGUUGGCCGUGAGUGGGAAUCGAACUCGGGUCGCCGGGUUCGUAGCGCAGCGCGCUAACCGCUACACUACCACUCCGUGAGCACACACACACGAACACACACAAACACACACGAACACAAACACACACCAACACACAAACACACACAAACACAAAGACACAACCACACACGAACACACACGAACACACACGAACACACAACCACACACGAACACACACGAACACACACGAACACACAACCACACACGAACACACACGAACACACACGAACACACGAACACACACAAACACACACAAACACACAAACACACGAACACACACAAACACACAAACACAAACACACAAACACGAACACACACAAACACACACAAACACACGAACACACGAACACACAAACACACAAACACACACGCACACACGAACACACGAACACACACAAGCACACACAAACACACAACCACGCACAUAAACACACACAAACACACAAACACACACACAAACACACACAAACACACACAAACACACAAACACACACAAACACACACGAACACACACAACACACACACGAACACACAUUAGAACACACCAAAACACACAAACACACACACAAACACACAAAGACAGACAGUAUUAUUUGCCCAUAUUUAUGAACCUUAUCCUAACGAUGCAUGUUGCCUUCCGCUGCACGUGCAUACAACACCGCACGCAUACUACGUCCAGUCUAAUUCA